UCCCGUCCCCGCUGCCGCCGCCGCCGCCACACCACCAGCACCAGCACAUCAGCAGCCUCCGGGAGCGCCUGAAGAGGCGCGGGCCGCCGCAGGCUGAGGCGCAGCACCGCGCCGGCCGGAGCAGCCGGACGAGGCCCAGGGAGCCGCUCUCCCCGACCCCGCCGCCCGAUGUCCUCAAGAUGGAGGCAGCGGGGGCGGCGGCGUGAAGAAAGCGGCGCUGUCAGCGCGGGAGCAGGGGCCCAGGCGGCCCGGGCGGAGGCGGUGGCGGGAUGGGGCUGCUGCUCAUGAUCCUGGCGUCGGCCGUGCUGGGCUCCUUCCUCACGCUCCUCACCCAGUUCCUGCUGCUUUACCGCAAACACCCGGAGCUGCCGCCGGACGAGGCCGCCCGCGCGGGCGAUGGCUUCCGCUACAUCAAGCCAGUGCCAGGCCUGCCCCUGAGGGAGUACCUUUAUGGCGGCGGCGGGGCUGAGGAGCCCUCCGGCGGGCCCCCCGAGAGCGGCGCGGCCCCGGCCCCCGAGACCCCCGCGCCGCCGACACGGGAGACCUGCUACUUCCUCAACGCCACCAUCCUGUUCCUGUUCCGGGAGCUGCGGGACACGGCGCUGGCCCGCCGCUGGGUCACCAAGAAAAUCAAGGUGGAGUUCGAGGAGCUGCUGCAGACGAAGACCGCUGGGCGCCUGCUGGAGGGUCUGAGCCUGCGGGACGUGUUCCUGGGCGAGACGGUGCCGUUCAUCAAGACCAUCCGGCUCCUGCGGCCCGUCGUGCCCUCGGCCAGCGGGGAGCCAGAUGGCCCCGACGGGGAGGCGCUACCCGCCGCCUCGCCCGAGGAGCUGGCCUUCGAGGCGGAGGUGGAGUACCACGGGGGCUUCCACCUGGCCAUCGACGUGGACCUGGUCUUCGGCAAGUCCGCCUACCUGUUCGUCAAGCUGUCCCGCGUGGUGGGGCGGCUGCGCUUCGUCCUCACUCGCGUGCCCUUCACCCACUGGUUCUUCUCCUUCGUGGAGGACCCGCUGAUCGACUUCGAGGUACGCUCCCAGUUCGAAGGGCGGCCCAUGCCGCAGCUCACCUCCAUCAUCGUCAACCAGCUCAAGAAGAUCAUCAAGCGCAAGCACACCCUCCCGAGUUAUAAGAUCAGGUUUAAGCCGUUUUUUCCAUUCCAAACCUUGCAAGGAUUCGAAGAAGAUGAAGACGAGCAUAUCCAUAUACAACAAUGGGCACUUACUGAAGGCCGCCUUAAAGUUACAUUGUUAGAAUGUAGCAGGUUACUCAUUUUUGGAUCUUAUGACAGAGAAGCAAAUAUUCACUGCACACUUGAGUUAAGCAGUGGUGUUUGGGAAGAAAAACAAAGAAGUUCCAUUAAGACGGUUGAAUUAGUAAAGGGGAAUUUACAAAGUGUUGGACUUACACUUCGUCUUGUCCAGUCAACUGACGGGUAUGCUGGGCACGUCAUAAUUGAAACUGUGGCCCCAAACUCACCUGCUGCAAUUGCAGAUCUUCAGCGGGGAGAUAGACUGAUCGCUAUUGGAGGUGUGAAGAUCACAUCCACACUCCAAGUGCUGAAGCUUAUCAAGCAGGCUGGUGACCGAGUCCUGGUGUAUUAUGAAAGGCCUGUUGGCCAGAGUAAUCAAGGUGCAGUGCUGCAAGAUAAUUUUGGACAGUUGGAGGAAAACUUUCUCUCAAGUUCAUGCCAACCAAAUUAUGAAGAGGAAGCCGCUGGGUUGGCAGUGGAUGCUGAAAAUAGAGACCUAGAUUCUGAAUUUGAAGAGCUGGCAAGUGAUGUCAGAGCACCAAAUGAGUUCAAAGAUGACGCACAGUCACUGAGUCACAGUCCUAAACGUACUCCAGCAGCACUUCCUGGGAAACCCCUUGGGACUCUAUCACCAGUUUUAAACCGUAAAUUAGUUGUAGGAAGUCACCCACCACUACCAAAACUUCCAUCCAAAGAAGGAAAUAAACCCAUAGCCCUAAAAACUUCUGAGACAACAGAUCCAGCACAGGUGUCAAAGCCCACCCAAGGAUCUACUUUCAAACCCCCUGUGCCACCACGACCCCAAGUGAAACUUCCUUUGCCUUCUGUUGAUGCCCCAAAUCAGGUAGAACCAGAUGCUCUUGUUGAAAAGCCAGAGAAGGUGCUGCCUUCUCUUCCUGCAGAUAAAGUGGCUGAGAAGCAAGCAAAAAAUGUGGAUCACAUAGAAGAUGCAAGUGCAUCUAAGCAGUCUUUAGUAAAGCAAGAAGUGGCUAAAGAUUUUACUUCAGAAAGUCCCUGCCCUACUAAGGACAAUUCAGAUGACCCUCAAACGUGGGAAUCAUCAGAAAUUCCUUAUCGUAAUAAGCUAGGAAAAUGGACGAGAACCAGAGCAACCUGUGUCUUUGACAUAGAAGCCUGCCACAGGUACUUAAAUGUUGCACUGUGGUGCAGGGAUCCUUUCAAGUUGGGGGGCCUCAUCUGUUUGGGGCAUGUUAGUUUAAAACUUGAAGAGGUGGCUUUGGGAUGCUUAGCUACUUCAAACAUGGAAUACCUUUCAAAAUUCAGACUGGAAGCCCCGUCCCCUAAGGCAGUGGUCACUAGAACCGCCCUUCGCAAUCUGAGUAUACAGAAGGGAUUCAAUGACAAAUUUUGCUUUGGUGACAUUACUAUUCACUUCAAAUAUUUGAAAGAAGGAGAACCAGACCACCAUAUAGCUACUAACUUAGAGAAAGACAAAGAACUUCAUUUGGUGGAAGAGGUUUCUGUCCUACCUAAAGAGGAGCAUUUUGUUGGACAGGUGGGUUUAACAGAAAAUAAACAUAGUUUCCAGGAUACUCAGUUCCAGAACCCAACUUGGUGUGAUUACUGCAAGAAAAAAGUUUGGACUAAGGCUGCUUCCCAGUGUAUGUUUUGUGCUUAUGUUUGCCAUAAAAAAUGUCAGGAAAAGUGUCUAGCCGAGACUCCUCUUUGUGGAGCAGCUGAUAAGCGAAUGGACCGAACCCUGAAAAACCUCCGGCUGGAAGGACAGGAAACCCUCUUAGGCUUGCCUCCUCGAGUUGAUGCCGACGCUAGCAAGUCAGUCAAUAAAACAACAGGUUUGACAAGGCACAUUAUCAACACUAGCUCUCGUUUGUUAAAUUUGCGUCAAGUCUCUAAAACUCGCCUUGUUGAACCAGGAACUGACCUAGUAGAACCUUCACCAAAACACACACCCAACACGUCAGACAAUGAAGGCAGUGACACAGAGGUGUGUGGUCCAAACAGUCCUUCUAAACGGGGAAACAACACAGGAACAAAGUUAGUAAGAAAGAAGGGUGGUGUGGAUGACAGUGUCUUCAUUGCAGUUAAAGAAAUUGGUCGUGAUCUGUGUAGGGGCUUGCCUACUGAGGAAAGAAUCCAGAAAUUAGAGUUUAUGUUGGAUAAACUACAAAAUGAAAUUGAUCAGGAGUUGGAACAUAAUAAUUCCCUUGUUAGAGAAGAGAAAGAGACAAAUGAUACAAGGAAAAAAUCACUUCUUUCUGCUGCUUUGGCUAAAUCAGGUGAAAGACUGCAAGCUCUAACACUUCUUAGGAUCCACUACAGAGCAGGCAUUGACAAUAUCGAAUCUCUAGAAUCUUUGUCUUUAGACCAGCACUCUAAAAAAGUAAUCAAGUACACAGAUGAUACAGAAGAAGACCUUGACAAUGAAAUAACCCAACUAAUAGACUCUCAGCCAUUCAGCAGCAUGUCAGACGACUUGUUUGGCCCAUCUGAAUCUGUGUAACAGGCAGUUUGUUUAAGCUUUGAAGUGAUUGGGGAAAAGUUGAAUCUAAAAUACCACAGAUACAACCACGUUUAAACUCUCUUCUGAUGUACUUUGACCUGCUUCUCCAGUUAUUUGCUUGUGUAAGAAUAAGAAUGAAAGAGGUUUUCUGGCAAAAACAUGACCAGCUCACUAAACUGAUUGUUUCAGAAUGCAUUUAUAGCUAUGCUUUUUGGGUUUCUACUGGGAAUUUAUUUUUACUAAUUUAUUUUUAACUUUUUUCUAACUAUGUAAGCUAACAUUUCAUGUUUAUGUAUGUGUGGUGUCUCAUUGUGUUAUUUUCUUUCCUCUUAGUUUUUGAAUUAGUGUUAACUAGGAUACAGGCAUUCCCCGGCUUAAAAACAUCCAGUUUACAUGCAACCCGUGGUUAUGAACCAACCCUGUAAAGCCCAUUAUAUUAAAAAUUCGAGGUACCUACAAUGGUUCAUAAUAACAAAUGGGUGCUACUUUGCAACGCACAUCAAAACAUUAUUAUUAUUACUGUGUUACAAUGUUAAAGAUAUUUUAGUGUAUCCAGAAGUGUUUCUUUAAUGUUUUUUAUGCAUAGAAAGGUACACUAUAUACGAUAUACUAAGACAAACAUUUGACUAAGUGACGUUAGAUACGAAGGGUACCUAACUGUUCCCACUUACAUACAAAUUCGACUUAGAGACAGACUUAGGAAAGGAAAUCGUUCGUAAUCCGGGAACUGCCUGUACUGUCCAGAUUCUUGAAAUAGUUUCACUUCCAUCACAGUUCUAACUACAGAUUUGCUGCAUGCCCAGAUUGACAACAGCAAUCACUGAGCGAACAGGUGUUGAAUUUUUCUUUUGUGUUGUUACAAAGUUUGUCAUCCUUACUUCCUUGGGACUUUUGUUACUUUGGGUUUUUUGGGUGCUUUUUGUUUUGUUUUUGCCAAAUGUAAUAUGAAAGCAGAUAUUGCAGCUUUAGUCUGUUAUGCUGAUUUAGUAAAAAAAAAUAUUUUGCAUAUGUUGCUUGCUUUCUAUGCUUCUGUGGAAUUUUUUUCUAAAGCUUUUGUGCAGUUGAAGUAUAGUAAGAAUGUAGUGAUUCACUGGAAGAGCUUGCAUUUAAAAACAAAAUGUAAUGGGUAGUAAUGGAUAAUAAAUAUAGAAUGCAGUUGGUCAAGAGUUUUCUAGAGAGGAUACCAAGAUUUAAUUACUGAAAAACAGUAACCAGCAGGAUUUUGAGAUAUAAUCUUUCCAAAUGUUGAUGCUUUCUUUCAAAUAGAAGUUCUAAACAUUUUUUAUUUUUCAUCUUCAGUUCUCCCAUAGGAAAUAAAGCAUGUACCAGGAUACUUAAAGUUUCAGCAGACUGUUCUUAAAAUGGUUAUUUUGAUAACUAGUUUUGGCUAGUUUUGUCUUAGAUGCAUUUUCAUAUAGGAAUAUGUGUGAAGGAGAGGAAUCAUGGAAAAUGUGUUUACUGCUUCAUCUGAUGUCUUACAUUCAGGCUUAAAGGAAUGAUAAUCACCCUGGAUACUUCUGUAGUUCAGACUGUGUUCAUUUGUUAAAAAAGAAAAAUAAAUAAAAAUAGGCAUUAUAGAUACAUAGGAAUUGGGGCCAAUUCUCUGAAAAUGAAGAUCUACUAUGAUACUGAAUCCAUUUUGUGGAUCCCAGUAUCACAUGACUGAUGGGAAACAUGUUAGUGUGACCUCUGUUGGUAUACGGUAAAAGUUUUCUCCAUUUGUAUACCUACUAUUUAUUUAUAUAUAUAUGUAUAUAUAUAUAUGU